AUGGAAGAGAGUGAAACCGUGGCUGAUUGCUUUGAUAAGGUCCAAGAACAUGUAAGUGCUAUGCGGGCUUGCAGGGAUACAGUUACGGAUCAGUACAUUGUUGAUAAGAUCCUAAGGACUUUUCCACCAAGGUUUGAUCAUAUUGUAGUUACAAUAAAAGAGACUCGUGACUUAGAAAAUAUGGAGGUAGAAGAGUUGCAACAUUCGCUGGAGGCUCAUGAGCAUAGAUUAAAUGAACGAAGGCAAUAUCAAGAGCAAGUCUUGCAAGUCAGAUUCCAGUUUCAUGGAAAGGGAAAAGGGUCGAAGAAGUUUGGCAAAAAGAAGCAUAAGGAGGCUCAAGAACAGCAAGGAAAGGACUCAAAUGACACUAAAAAUCGAAAGAGUCACAAGUCAGAGUAUAAUGGGUGUGAAGGUGCAAAGAACAAACCCAAAACCGAAGCAUAUCUUGCGCAAGACAACACAUCUGACUCAAAAGUAGUGAUGUUGAUGGCAAGAACAAGCGGAGAUGAACUGGAGGAAGCAUCAUGGUACCUUGAUUCAGGGUGCUCGACUCACAUGACUGGAAGAAGAGAUUGGUUUGUCAAGAUGAAGGAGGUUUUAAAUGGCAAAACCAUAUUUGCAGAUGAUAGAAGCUUGAUUGCAAAGGAGUCUGAUCGGAUUGUGCUUCGUGAUGAAAAUGGGAGAGAAGUGGUGAUAGAUGAAGUUUUAUUUGUUCCAAGACUCAAGACAAACCUACUGAGUUUGGGACAACUAUUACAUAAAGGUUUUGCAAUGAAGAUGGAGAAUAACUAUCUUAGUAUUUUUUACCAGAGCAGAAGAAUGAUUAUCAAGGCGAGUUUGUCUCAAAACAGAACCUUCCGUGUGAUAAUGAAGGUUGUGAGGCAUCAAUGUUGUAAUGCAGCAGGAACGUCAACAGAGUGGUUAUAG